GUGAAAACAACCACUGUAUGUAUGCAUGAAGGCAGGCACAGGCAGGCAGUCAUUUUAUCGUCGUCAAGUUGUAUUGUGUCGAUACACUCUCUCCGUCUCACUCAGUUUUUUUCGUUGUAUUAUUAAUCAAGUGUUCCCCCUGUGUCGUUAGUUCGUUCGUUCGUGGUGGUGCAAAUUGCAAUUUUGGAUUUUGGUGUACAAAAAACCAACCAAAAGAAGAAAAUCGAAGUUAGUGAGAGAAUAUUGUAUCGUAUGUGACUAGAUUAGAAUUAAUAAAAAAAAUAUUAAAUAAAAACACCAGUGGUUUUUGUUGGUACAUUGUACAAAUUUUGUUUUAACGGCAUUUCCUAAUUUGCAUACGAUAGUAAUUUUUUUUUUGAAGAGCAAUGAAACUGAAACAGAAAUGAAUAAAUUUCACCCCUUGUACUACUAAAAGUACGAUCGAAGUCUCGAACGGAGGAGGAAGACAUUAGAAAAAAUAUACAUAUACAUACAAAACGGCAAAAGUAAAGAGAAGAAAAAAUUGUGUGUGGAGAAGUGGUGGAGCGGACGUCAACUGUGAACGAAGCACAAGAAAAAAGGAGAAUCAUUUAUACAGCAGUGUUUUUUCAACAGGAGAAAAACGAUACGAGAGUACUCCCAGGCAAUUUAACAAAAAGAAAAAGUAAUAUAUUCGGAAAAUUAUCAAGAAAUUGCGAAUUUGUCGGCCGGACUAGGAUUGUUGUCAUCCGAGGCGGAGACCAGCGUAGUGAAAAAAAACACCUAGAGAUUUUCACCAUCAUCAUCAAAACAAAAAAAAUUAAAUCAGCAGGAAAAUAAUAAUUAUUUGCAUUCGAACCUAAAGGAGUUGGAAGAAUCAGCAGCUGCCGAGUACACUUGUCGGCCGUAAUUCUUUUUUAUACAAAACCCCACUGCACAGGGAACCAUCAAAUAGACCACACAUAUACGCACGCACGCACGCACACACAUUAUAUAUAAAAGUCUACGAAAAUGAAUGAGUUGGAUAGUUUGAGACAAGAAGCUGAAUCCCUCAAGAAUGCCAUACGCGAUGCCCGAAAGGCUGCCUGUGACACCAGCUUAGUGCAGGCAGCUGCGUCCUUGGAGCCCAUUGGCCGUAUACAGAUGCGUACAAGGCGCACCUUGCGAGGACAUUUGGCGAAAAUCUAUGCCAUGCACUGGGGCAAUGACUCACGUAACUUGGUAUCUGCCUCCCAGGAUGGUAAACUGAUUGUUUGGGACUCUCACACUACAAAUAAGGUCCAUGCCAUACCACUGCGCUCGUCAUGGGUAAUGACGUGCGCUUAUGCGCCCUCCGGCAGUUAUGUGGCCUGUGGCGGUCUAGACAAUAUGUGUUCAAUUUACAACUUAAAAACCCGUGAGGGCAAUGUUCGCGUCUCCCGUGAAUUACCCGGUCAUGGUGGCUACUUGUCCUGUUGCCGUUUCUUAGACGAUAAUCAAAUUGUGACCAGCUCGGGUGAUAUGACAUGUGGUUUGUGGGACAUUGAAACCGGCCAACAAGUAACCUCGUUCUUGGGUCAUACAGGCGACGUUAUGGCGCUGUCGCUGGCACCCGCUUGUCAAACAUUUGUGUCGGGCGCUUGUGAUGCCUCCGCCAAGCUAUGGGACAUCAGAGAGGGCGUUUGCAAGCAGACAUUCCCUGGCCACGAAUCGGAUAUAAAUGCGGUGACAUUCUUCCCCAACGGCCAGGCAUUCGCAACAGGUUCAGACGACGCCACCUGUCGUUUGUUUGAUAUACGUGCCGAUCAAGAAUUGGCCAUGUACUCGCACGACAAUAUCAUCUGUGGUAUUACAUCGGUGGCAUUCUCAAAAAGUGGACGUUUACUGUUAGCUGGCUAUGAUGAUUUCAACUGCAAUGUUUGGGACACAAUGAAGGCCGAACGUUCGGGCAUAUUGGCCGGCCACGAUAAUCGGGUCUCCUGUCUGGGUGUGACCGAAAAUGGUAUGGCGGUAGCAACGGGCUCAUGGGAUUCAUUCUUGCGUGUGUGGAAUUAAGGAGGAAACAUAACGACAACAAAAACAACAUUACAUUAUGUUUUAAGUCAAAAAAAGAAAAACCAACAACAACAAAUCACAACAAAAAUCAACAACAAACAGCCUACAACAAACAAAGAUGAUGUUUAGUACUAUAUAUUAUUAUAGUUUAAUACAAAUAAUAUGAACAAAACAAAAAGAAAAAAACAACCACAAAAUCUGCAAACAAGCAACAUAAACCAACAAACAAAUGCCGUGGUUUUCGCAUAUACAUAUAUAAUGGGUAAAGUUAGGUUCUGAGGAUGAGAAUCCGAAUCCGAAAGGUCGUAAUGCAAAGUUAGAUUUUCUAUCAGACUAAAAGAAUAUCCAACAAAACUAGUCUUGUGUUUUGAAUAUAGUUUACAAAUCCAUUUCAAUUUGAUAUUGGUUAUAAUGAGAACAGUAUUAUAUGAAUUCACUUAUUUAUUGGUUGUGCCAUAGUGGGCAUACCUGUAAUAGAAAAUGAUAAAAAAAAACAACUUACAAAUUUAAAUCAGUUACUGCUAAUUUUUUUAAAAUUUAUUUCAAUGUGUUGUUAAUUUAAUUAUCGUUAUAACCAUAUGUAUUUGUAAGUUAUAUUCAAUACAGCACAAAUAUCCAAAUCUAAAACUUAGCGCAAAACUUUGUAAUUUCUUUCAGUCCACCGUUAGCUUUUUUACUAUUAAUACUUUCCUCUAUAUACCAUUUUUCCUUGUUUUUAAUUUAAACAAAUGAUUUGUCGUAAUUUUUCGCCAAAUCAUAAUCUCAAUAUCCUGAAACAAAUUUGUCCUGGCAUAAAAUAUUAUUUAUAUUUUAUUAGACAAAGAAGGAGAACAACUAUACAUGAGAAAUAACACGCGCGCAAUUUACACGCACAUUCAUUUUUACACAAAUCUUAACUUAAACGAAAAGUGAAACUGCAUAACAAACAACAUACGCGACACGAAAACACACACACACACAAAUAUACUAUUCAAAACAAAUUUGCAACAAUAAAAAAGCGAUAUAUAAAUGGUGAAAAGUUGAAGGCUUGAUUAACAGCAGAAAUGUUAGUCAAUCAUAAAGGAAAAGAUAUAUACACACCACAUACCAUGGUAGACGAAUAUAGGUAGAUGCAUCAAUGCUUGAGAACAUUGAUAUGUCAAAAUUGUUGAAUGUUUUUUUUUUUUUUUUUUUUUUUCAAAAAUACGUAUAUUUAUAUUUAUUUUUGUACACGACGCCAUUCGGAGGUUGUUAUGAUAUGCAUUUUUCUAACACUUUUUACAAAUUUGAAUGAUUUUUCAUUCAAAAUUUAAAUUUCAAAAUAGAUUUGACAGUUCAUUGUCCCAGCAGCUGUGUCGAUGCGAUUAUCUGUAUUCUUCUACCAUGCCACAUACUUUAAAUAUACGUUAUGUAUAUUCGAGUCGGCUGAAAGUGGUUCAAAAUUCACAUAAUUUUUACCACUAUGGGAUUAUACUACCUGUUUUCUUCCUGUAUGUCGUAUGAUGCCCUAUUUCAAACAAUAAUAAUAAUAUUAAUAUACAAUGACGUCAAUGGAUAAUAAUCGUCGUAUAUUAUUCGAAGAUGAAUUUACAAAUUUUCAUUUCUAACAUUUGAGUAUGUUGUCUAAAAAUGUGCAUGGAGAUUGUUAAUCAAUCAUUUCGAUUUCUAUAAGAAAUUCCCUCCCUAAAAAAGUAGUCAGCAAUUUCCCAAAACCUUUCACUUCCUUUUCUCAAUGAAACCCUUAGUUUAUUUUUGGCUUAAAUACACAUUCAAAUACGAUUUGAGGAAGAAACCGGCGCCAUUUUUCGAACAAUUUUUGGAACUCCUCUUCGACAGUAUGUGUUAUGUGUGACGUAUAUUUUGUUUUAAUAUAACAGAGAAAAGUUUAAAUAAAUAUUAUUUUUUUAAUUUUUCUACCUUAGGGACAUUUAUUAUACAUCUACACACACGUACACACACACAGAACCAAAUUAUAAGAAAAAGUUUAAGAAUAAAGCAUUUACAAAACCACAGCAAGUUUAUUUAAAAAUAAUGAAAGCAAAAAAGAAGAAGAAGAAGUAAAAAAUUAAACAAUGGAAUAAUUCUAGAAAAUAAAACACACAAAAUAACCAACCACGUCAAACAACAACAUGAAGAAACCACAAUGAAUAAUUAAUUUAAUAAGUCUUACAAAAAAAUAAAACCAUUUAUUAAUAAUAUUUAAUUAUAAUAAUGAAUCAUACACUACAACUUUAUAAAAAAAAUAAAUACAAAAUAAAGUUUCGUAUUUAAGGACUUUAAUUUCUAAAAAUAAAAAAAAAACAAAAACAAUUUAAAACAAACCAAAACAAAUAUAAACAAAUUUUAUAUAUGCAUAAAAAUUCUUAUAACAAAAAAUACAACAAAUUAAGAACAAGAAACUAAACUAAUCAAAAAAAUUUAUAUAAAAAUUAAACUAAGUUAAGAAUGUAAUAGGAACCGGUACGAGUUGAAAAAACAAAACAAAAAAACUAAUGUCAUAACACACAAAUUAUACAAUUCUGUCUCGUAAAAAAACCUAUUUUUUGUAUUUUUCCAAAAAAAGCGACGUCGAAAGAACUUUUUUAUAUACAACACCACCAGCCAGCCAGCACAUUGUAUUUGACAUUAUAAAAGGAAAACAAAAACAGAAAAGCACCAUUCAUUUUGUCUCCAAAACCAACUGAGACUGACUGAGUAACAAUUUCCGACCGACAGACGACAAUGAUAACAACAAACAGCCUAGUUAUUAGUGUAGGGUCAUAAAGUAGAACGCACACACAAAUUAAUCUAUUUAGUUUGAGAGGGAGAGACAACAAGUAAUGUUGUUGUUGCUCUUGUUGUAGUAGGCUACACGAUGAAUACUUGGUUUGCAUAUUUUUUUUUCGAAAACGUUCAUGAUGCAUUAAAAAUAAUCAUAAUGAUUUCGCGUUUAAUAUUUUUGGGGCUCACUUUUCAUUGUUUUUCUACUUCUUCAUCUUCUUAAAUUGUUGUUGUUUAUUAUUACAAGAAUGCAAAAAUUGUAUAAAGGUAUAGACUAAAAAGUUAUCUGUUAUCUUUGAAAAAAAGUGCUUCAAUAGAUGUCAUUUAUGCUGUGAGAGAGAGCUUAAGUCUGGUCACUCAAUUCUCUCAAAACACAAAAUAUUCAAUAUUUUUAUGAUUUGCUAUAAUGUAUCAAUUGUGAAAACAAGACAGUGACUCUGUUUACAUUUACAUUACCUAAAUAUGCAGUGAAAUAUUAAAAUAUACAUCUUAAAUAGCAGAAAAAUGAAUAAAUUGUUUUCGAAGUCGAGUGACUUUACUGUUGUCCCAAUGAUCAACUAUAGUGACAUCUGCUGGAAGGGGUAAAUUUUUAGACUUUUUAGUCUAUUCCUUUAUUUGUCUAUGACCAUAUGUCAAUGCGAUACGAUUUUUGUUUUGUAAAGGAAUCAUUCACAAUUCUCCAUUCAGGUAUUCAGAACAAGAGUUUAUGUUCAAUGUCGGUAAGAAAGGAAGUUGGUCUUUUGUGUUUAUCAUUUCAUUUUUAUGGGACAUUUUAGGUAGGACGUCAUUUUCUCAACAUCGGCAUUAACACACGAAAAGUUUUAUCAAACUAAAAUACUAGAUUUUCAAGAGAUACAGAGGGGCUAGGAAAAUGAUAUAUACCUGUCAUAAACUCAAUUGUUUUCUUCGCAACAUUUCCGGUGUCUUGAAAAGUAAAUCUUGAUGGAAACACAUAAUUCAUAGAAAAAUAUAUCCCUAGAUCCUGUAACAAAUCUAUAUUACUUCAUUUAUGUUAAGAUUGUAUGGCUUGCUGUGAUUUGUAAAAGGAAAGUAAAGUACAGUUGGAUUAUGUUAUAGACAUGGUAGAAGAGAAUACAGGUAGAUGCAUCAAAGCUUAGAAACAUUGAUAUGUCAAAAAAUGUUAAAUGUUUCUUCAAACAUAAGUUGACUUUUAUAUGUUUUCUUAUACGACGUCAUUCGGAGGUUGUUAUAAUUCGCCUUUUUCAACAAUUU